GCUUUCCUUCUCUCACAGGUUUAGCUCAAAGUCUCUCUCAUUCUCUCUACUUAGCUUUUUUUUUUUUGUUCCAUUCUCUAUUUCUCUCUCUCUCUAAAUUAAAAAUACUGAGGAGUUAGGGUUUUACUGCUUCACACUCAGUAACAGUAUGCUAAAUAGCUAAAGAAGAAGAAGAGUUUUGUUUUGAGUGGUUAUUAAAAAUUUGAAGAAGAUGUCUUCUUCAAGAAGGAAUACUGAGCAGCAACCGCAAAGGCGGAUUAUGCGAACUCAGACUGCUGGUAAUCUUGGUGAAUCGAUCUUUGAUAGUGAGGUUGUACCAUCAUCUCUUGUUGAGAUUGCUCCAAUCCUUCGUGUUGCUAAUGAAGUUGAAGCAAGUAACCCUAGAGUUGCUUAUUUGUGCCGAUUUUAUGCCUUUGAGAAAGCUCACAGGUUGGAUCCAACUUCAAGUGGACGAGGUGUUCGCCAAUUUAAGACUGCUCUUCUACAGCGUCUAGAAAGGGAAAAUGAUCCCACUUUAAUGGGGAGAGUAAAAAAGAGUGAUGCACGUGAGAUGCAGAGUUUCUAUCAGCAGUACUACAAAAAAUAUAUUGAAGCGCUGCAGAAAGCUGCUGAUAAAGCUGAUCGUGCACAACUUACUAAGGCAUAUCAAACGGCUGCUGUCCUUUUUGAGGUUCUGAAGGCUGUGAAUCUGACUCAAGCUGUUGAAGUAGAUGAUGCGAUUCUGGAAGCUCAUACUAAGGUUGAAGAGAAGACUCAGAUUUAUGUGCCUUACAAUAUUCUUCCGCUUGACCCUGAUAGUGUGAAUCAGGCUAUUAUGAGAUAUCCCGAGAUUCAAGCUGUUGUAUAUGCACUUCGUAACACAAGGGGUCUGCCAUGGCCUUCCGGGACCAAGAAGAAUGAAGACAUUUUAGACUGGCUUCAAGCUAUGUUUGGAUUUCAGAAAGAUAAUGUGGCCAACCAACGGGAACACUUGAUACUCUUACUUGCUAAUGUGCAUAUAAGGCAAUUUCCAAAGCCUGAUCAACAACCCAAGCUGGAUGAGCGAGCACUAACUGAAGUGAUGAAGAAACUCUUCAAGAAUUACAAGAAAUGGUGUAAAUAUCUGGAUAGGAAGAGUAGUCUCUGGUUGCCGACUAUACAACAGGAAGUUCAGCAGCGCAAACUACUUUACAUGAGUCUUUAUCUUCUCAUAUGGGGCGAAGCUGCCAACUUAAGAUUCAUGCCCGAGUGCCUUUGCUAUAUAUAUCAUCAUAUGGCUUUUGAACUUUAUGGUAUGCUUGCUGGGAAUGUUAGUCCCAUGACUGGUGAAAAUGUGAAGCCAGCUUAUGGGGGUGAGGAGGAAGCUUUCUUAAACAAAGUUGUAACUCCAAUUUAUGAUACAAUCGCCAAGGAAGCUGAACGGAGCAAACAAGGAAAAUCCAAGCAUUCUCAAUGGAGGAACUACGAUGAUUUAAAUGAGUACUUUUGGUCAGUUGAUUGCUUCCGUCUAGGUUGGCCAAUGAGGGCUGAUUCAGAUUUCUUUUGUGAGCCUCUACCAGGACUUGCCAAAAGUGGGGAAGCUGGAACGUCUACUGGGAGUCGAUGGGUUGGCAAAAUAAACUUUGUUGAGAUACGCUCAUUUUGGCACGUUUAUAGAAGCUUUGAUAGGAUGUGGAGCUUUUUCAUUCUGUGUUUACAAGUCAUGAUUAUAGUCGCAUGGAAUGGAUCGGGUGACCCAAGUGCUAUUUUUGAGGGUGAUGUUUUCAAGAAAGUGUUGAGUGUCUUUAUAACUGCUGCAAUAUUAAAGCUUGGAGGAGCUUUCCUUGAUAUAGUUCUCAGCUGGAAGGCAAUGAAGAGUAUGUCCUUCCAAGUUAAGCUUAGAUAUAUCCUAAAGUUUUUGUCAGCUGUUGCAUGGGUGAUUGUUUUGCCUGUAACUUAUGCCUAUACUUGGAAGAACCCUCCUGGAUUUGCUCAAGCCAUCAGAAGGUGGUUCGGAAAUAGUAAUGAUUCACCCACGCUAUACAUUUUGGCUGUUGUUGUGUACCUGUCACCAAAUAUGCUCGCUGGGGUUUUGUUUCUAUUUCCUUUCGUUAGGCGGUUUCUUGAAAGCUCAAACUACAAGAUUGUGAUGCUUAUGAUGUGGUGGUCUCAGCCCCGGCUCUAUGUUGGAAGGGGAAUGCAUGAGAGCUCCUUCUCGCUUUUCAAGUACACUAUGUUUUGGGUACUUCUUAUACUAACGAAGAUAGCAUUCAGCUACUACAUAGAGAUAAAGCCUUUAGUUGGUCCAACUAAAACAAUCAUGGCGGCUCGGAUUAGAACAUACGAUUGGCAUGAAUUCUUUCCACGAGCAAAGAACAACAUUGGUGUUGUGAUUGCACUUUGGGCUCCGAUCAUUCUUGUCUAUUUCAUGGAUACACAAAUUUGGUAUGCUAUUUUCUCGACAUUUUUUGGAGGUCUGUAUGGGGCCUUCCGCCGUCUUGGGGAGAUUCGAACGUUGGGUAUGCUGAGGUCUCGAUUUCUGUCUUUGCCGGGUGCGUUUAAUGCUCGGUUGAUACCGGUGGACAAAAGCGAAACGACCAGAAAAAGGGGAAUUAAAGCGACCUUUUCUCGGAAAUUUGAUGAGAUUCCACCCAGUAAAGAAAAAGAGGCUGCAAAGUUUGCUCAGUUAUGGAACAAAAUUAUUAGUAGUUUCAGGGAGGAGGACCUUAUCAGUAACAGGGAGAUGGAUUUGUUGCUCGUUCCAUAUUGGGCUGAUCGUGAGUUGGGCUUGAUUCAGUGGCCUCCGUUUUUACUUGCAAGCAAGAUCCCAAUUGCUUUAGAUAUGGCCAAAGAUAGCAAAGGUAAGGACCGCGAUUUGAAAAAGAGAAUCAAUAAUGACAACUAUAUGUGUUGUGCUGUACGUGAGUGCUAUGCUUCUUUCCGUAACAUCAUCAAGCAACUGGUGCAAGGGAACCGCGAAAAAGAGGUUAUAGAUGAUAUAUUCACCGAAGUUGACAAACAUAUAGAGGCAGAAACUUUAAUAACUGAACUGAAGAUGAGCGCACUUCCUAACCUCCAUGAGCACAUUGUUAAACUCAUAAAAUAUUUGAUGGAGAAUAAGCCAGAGGACAGAGGUCAGGUUGUAAUUCUUUUCCAGGACAUGCUUGAGGUUGUUACUCGAGAUAUAAUGGAGGAUCAGAUACCUAGUCUCUUAGAUUCAAGCCAUGGUGGAUCUAUUGGGAGAUUUGAAGGAAUGACAACUCCUCUUGAGCAACAGUAUCAGCUAUUUGCAUCGGCGGGUGCAAUUAAUUUCCCCGUUGAGCCAGAAACAGAAGCAUGGAAAGAGAAGAUCAAAAGGCUCUUUUUAUUGCUAACAGUAAAGGAGUCUGCCAUGGAUGUCCCUUCCAACUUAGAAGCUAGAAGGCGAAUAUCUUUUUUUUCAAAUUCAUUAUUUAUGGAUAUGCCUGCUGCGCCAAAAGUUCGCAACAUGCUCUCCUUUUCUGUUUUGACUCCUUACUACGAGGAAGAUGUUCUCUUUUCUAUAAAUGAAUUGGAAGUCCAGAAUGAAGAUGGUGUUUCAAUCCUCUUUUAUUUGCAGAAAAUAUUUCCAGAUGAAUGGAUGAACUUCCUGGAGAGGGUUGGAUGCACCAGCGAGGAAGAUCUCAAAAAUAAACUUGAUGGUGAGAACCUUGACGUGAACAAUGAAGUGAACCAUGAAGAAGAGCUUCGACUUUGGGCAUCAUAUAGAGGGCAAACUCUCACCAGAACUGUUAGGGGAAUGAUGUAUUACAGAAAAGCUUUAGAACUUCAGGCCUUCCUAGAUAUGGCUAAGGAUGAUGAUUUAAUGGAAGGUUACAAGGCAGCUGAAACUAACAGCGAUGAACACUCAAAAGGUGAAAGAUCUUUAUGGGCACAAUGUCAAGCAGUUGCGGAUAUGAAAUUCACAUACGUGGUGUCUUGCCAGAAAUAUGGGAUCCACAAACGAUCUGGAGAUCCUCGCGCACAUGACAUUCUGAAGCUUAUGGCAGCAUACCCAUCUGUACGUGUUGCUUACAUUGAUGAGGUAGAAGAGCCUAGCAAAGAUAAAAAGAAGCUAAAUCAAAAGGUGUAUUAUUCUGCUCUAGUAAAAGCUGCCUUGCCCAAGUCUAUAAACUCUUCCGAGCCCCAGCCCGCUCAAAAUCUUGACCAGGUUAUUUAUCGGAUAAAGCUUCCUGGACCUUCAAUAUUAGGGGAAGGAAAGCCUGAAAAUCAGAACCAUGCUAUUAUUUUCACGCGUGGGGAGGGUCUGCAAACAAUUGAUAUGAACCAGGAUAACUAUAUGGAAGAAGCCUUCAAAAUGAGGAACCUUCUGGAAGAAUUUCUUAAGAAACAUGAUGGUGUUAGAUAUCCAUCCAUACUUGGACUGAGGGAGCAUAUUUUCACUGGCAGUGUUUCUUCUCUUGCUUGGUUUAUGUCUAAUCAGGAGACGAGUUUUGUAACUAUUGGGCAGAGACUGUUGGCUAACCCCUUGAGGGUUCGAUUUCACUAUGGCCAUCCAGAUGUGUUCGACAGACUAUUUCACCUGACUAGAGGUGGUAUCAGUAAAGCUUCAAAAAUCAUCAAUUUGAGCGAGGACAUCUUUGCAGGCACGCUCAAGACUCUCAGAAGUUGUGAAGUUCAAGUUUUCAUGUGCUUAGCUUUUAGUCUGAUCUUCAUAUUCUGUCUCACAGGUUUCAAUUCUACACUACGUGAAGGAAAUGUUACUCAUCAUGAAUACAUGCAAGUUGGGAAAGGUAGGGAUGUGGGUCUGAAUCAAAUCUCAAUGUUCGAGGCAAAGAUAGCUAACGGGAAUGGAGAACAGACACUGAGUCGUGAUAUUUACAGGCUGGGGCAUCGUUUUGAUUUCUUUCGAAUGUUAUCAUGUUAUUUCACCACUGUUGGUUUCUACUUCAGCACCCUGGUGACUGUGCUUACUGUCUAUGUUUUCUUGUAUGGCCGACUGUACCUUGUUCUUAGUGGGUUGGAAAAACAACUGAGCAGUCAAGCAGCUAUUCGGGACAAUAAGCCUCUUCAGGUUGCUCUUGCCUCUCAAUCAUUUGUACAGCUUGGCUUUCUGAUGGCCCUGCCUAUGAUGAUGGAAAUUGGCCUAGAAAGGGGGUUCCGCACUGCCCUAAGUGAAUUUAUACUGAUGCAAUUGCAAUUAGCCCCCGUCUUUUUUACAUUCUCUCUGGGAACAAAGACCCACUAUUAUGGUAGGACAUUGCUUCAUGGAGGUGCAGAAUAUAGAGCUACAGGCCGUGGUUUUGUGGUCUUUCAUGCGAAAUUUGCAGAAAAUUAUAGGUUAUAUUCCCGCAGUCACUUUGUCAAAGGAAUAGAGAUGUUGAUUCUUCUUGUUGUUUACCAAAUCUUCGGACAAGAAUAUAGAAGUGCCCUUGCUUAUGUGUUGAUCACCGUCUCGAUGUGGUUCAUGGUAGUAACAUGGCUUUUUGCUCCUUUCCUGUUCAACCCAUCGGGAUUCGAGUGGCAAAAGAUUGUUGAUGAUUGGACUGAUUGGAAUAAAUGGAUUAGUAAUCAAGGUGGAAUUGGUGUGCUUCCAACGAAAAGUUGGGAAUCUUGGUGGGAGAAAGAGCAAGAGCAUCUUCGGCAUUCUGGAAAACGUGGGCUUAUUGCAGAGAUAUUAUUAUCUCUUCGAUUCUUUAUAUAUCAAUAUGGGCUUGUAUAUCAUCUACGCAUAACAAAGACAAAAAGUGUUCUGGUCUAUGGCAUUUCAUGGCUUGUGGUUGUUGUGGUAUUACUAGUCAUGAAGACUGUAUCUGUUGGGAGGCGAAAAUUCAGUGCAGAUUUUCAGCUGGUGUUCCGCAUAAUCAAGGGCCUUAUCUUCCUGACGUUCAUUUCUAUUCUUAUCAUUUUAAUAGCAAUCCCCAAUAUGACUCCACAGGACAUCUUAGUUUGCUUUCUCGCUUUCUUGCCUAGCGGAUGGGGAUUACUUUUGAUUGCACAAGCUUGUAAGCCUGUUGUCCAAAAAGCUGGGUUUUGGGGAUCGGUUCGAACACUUGCUCGUGGAUAUGAAAUCAUUAUGGGUUUACUUUUGUUCACUCCUGUUGCAUUCCUGGCGUGGUUCCCAUUUGUUUCGGAAUUUCAAACCCGAAUGUUGUUCAAUCAAGCAUUCAGUCGAGGUUUGCAGAUCUCUCGUAUUCUUGGUGGGCAGAGGAAGGAGCGCUCAUCACGCAACAAAGAAUGAACAUUCUCGAGUAAGCAAGCCGUCUCACUUUUGUCUGGAUUUUGUUAAGUCAAGUCAUGCGACAUAUUUGCCAGUCCUGACAAGGUGUGGGCAACAUUUUCUUUUAGUUAUUAGACGUGGGAUGCUGAUGAGGGUUCUAGGUUAUAUUGGGAUCUCACCAGACCUUCCAUCUUACCCUGUUAUACAAGUUCAAUCUGAGGUGGUGUAAUGGUGUAAUGUACUGGAUCUUUGGUUCUUCAAUUUUACAUCUUUUAUAAGAAAGUAAUUUGUUGAUGUCUGAUAGGUCUGUAUCUGGUGGUACUUAAGUGGUACAAACCUUGAUGAACUAUAACAUGAUUAUAGAACUAUCAACUUGGA